AAACGCCCCUCGUUGACGGGUGGUAGGCACUCUUCCACAUCUUAUAGUCUUUAUUUCACACAGCGACAGACCUGGCGGACACUGGCAGCGAAACAACGACACGAACUCCCACAAUACUUUUGGAAUUUAACCCGCUUUAUUUCAAAUUCAAUAGUUAAGAGGCAAAUAUGGCGACUGAACUCAUGGAAAUGAACGGACAUGCCGACGAAGAGGAGCGGCGUCAAGGCCCCGGGAAUCGGAGGCAGGCAGGCCAGCCUAUAAACAUGAACCGGUAUGCUAAUAAGAAGAGCGCAGCAGAGAGCAUGCUGGACGUGGCGUUACUCAUGGCCAACGCCUCCCAGCUGAAGGCCGUCCUGGAGCAGGGUCCAGACUUCACCUUCUACACCCCCCUGAUCACCUUCAUCUCCAUAUCCCUCAUCCUGCAGAUCACCGUGGGCGUCCUGCUCAUCUUCAUUGUGAAGUGGAACCUGAACGAUGAGAGCACCCACUUCAAGCUGAACAUUAUGGAGAACAUCGCCACAGCACUCAUCUUCAUCAUCGUUGUAGUCAACGUCUUUAUUACGGCCUUUGGUGUCCAAAAGCCCAAUCAAAACUCUUAACUGCCCUCACUCCUUACCCCUGGUCAUUAGUUAUUACAGUUAUACAGGCAUUAUACUGGUGUCAUAUGCACAAUACACACAUAAUAUGCCAACGUGUACCCAUGGUUGAAACCCUCAAACAAGUGUUUGGUAAUCAGUGUCAAAUUGUCAGGUUACUUGAGUUUAAUAAAUAUAUGUAUUGUACAGACUUACAGUUAGAAUGCACAAAGGUGAAUCUUAAAGUAAAUGUUUUAUACCGGAAUGCCAUAGCUGCACGAACCAAAUCACUGCUACUUUACAAGCAAGAGCGGUUGACGGAUCCAGUAUUCCAUCAGAUUCUCUGUGACACCAAAGACAAUGGAUCGAUUCGUUAUACAGGAUUCCCACUGGCCUUUCAUACAAGCGGCCAGUCACAAUCAGGUUGACCCUACUUCAUGACGAUCCUGUCACACUUCAUAUUUCGCUAUUGUGUGAACAAUACAUUGUUCAAAUGACCAACAGUGUUAAUGUGUUGCCUUUAUAAAUAUGUACAUAUCAGGGUUAUUUUAUAUCCAUUUUAUAUAUAUAUAUACACACACACACACACACACACACAGUGGUGAUUCUUAGCAUGUAAAUCUUCAGACAGAUGUUAAUUCAGCAAAAUGUUGAGGCCUUACCUUUACUCUUCUUUAAGUCACCACACAUAGACAGAAAGACAGAGACAGAGAGCCUAUCAUUUGAAAUAUUUUAUUAGGCCUUUAUUAGGGAAAAACGAUACAAUCACGAGGAUCCACUUUUAUAGACAAUAUACCGACGCAUAGACAGCGCAAAGAGCAAACAAAACAACCCUCGCAAUAUCAAAUGGAAUCACAUGGGUCUUUUACUGAACUUUUUGUUGAAAACAAAUAUUUGAAUGGGAAGAGAGAGACUGUCACUGACAAACAAAUAGCAAAAUCUACUCAUUUGAAGGGGUGUCCACAUACACUAAAGUAUCUCAUAUCUUAGAGUUGCUGUCAUGGUAACUUUGUUCUAGAAAUACUCAAGCUGUACAGACCCAGCUGCUGUGUUUUUUAGCCCAUUGAUUUUGUUGUAUUGUUUGAGUCACUCAGCUAUCACAUGAACACACACAAGAUACAGCAAAAUGUGUAGAAUGUAGGAAAUUAGCUUUUAAAUGCCUCUCAAAAAUAUUGCCCUCCAUGGCCCUCCAUUAAAGCUCAUUUCCUACA